AUGCAUUCAAUGGUAGGAGCAUUUGGCCAGUAUACAAUAAAACGACGUCGAGUCGAAAUUGUUCGUGGUUAUUGUUAUCGUUUCUUUCAAUGUACUUUCCCAUGUGGUAUGGUUAUGCUUAUACUUUCUGUUUUAUUCAUUAUUAUUGGUGCAACUCAACUCAUUUAUAUCAUGCAUUUUAAUGGUUGUAAUACAUUGACAACAUCAACUAGUGAAAGUAGUACAAAUGAUAAUAUAUCAAUAGUAUCAACAUCAUUUAAAUGUAAUCGACAAACGAUGAAAGUAUUAGGUAUAACAUUUGUCGUAACAGGUUCAGUAGCAUUUUUAAUAAGUCUUCUUAUUAUUAAAUAUUCACGAUCAAGUGAAGAAAAUAAUGUUAUUCGAACAACAACAUUAUCAUUAUUACCUAAUCAUACAAAAACUACUCAUAAUCAACACCAGCAUUCUCAUCAUCCAACACCUCAUUAUUAUCAUACACCAUCAUCUUCGAUGAAUGAUCAAAAUAAUAUUAUCGUUUCGAUACGAUAG